CAUGUGCGUGGCAACGACGUUACGAAUAAUAACACACUCACAUUUGUGACGUUCUACACAUCAGAGACUGUCGGUUGAUAUUUAUUGUCCGAGGCAGGGGUACAAUUUUCAUCAGGUUAAGGACCCCAGGAUGUUGCGUCUGCGUUGCAAAACCAAAAAUGGGAGCCACAUAAUGCAGGGCCUGACCCAUCAGUCCUGUGUGCAGGAGCUGAAGAGCAAGGUAGAGGAGCUGACUGGUAUCCCCUGUGAUGUACAGAAGAUCAUGGUUGGUUACCCUCCCUCUAGCUUGGACCUCCGAAAUGGAGAUGCUCACCUCAAGGACUACCCCAUCAAAUCAGGAGACACUCUCAUUGUUGAGGAGGAAGAGAAGAACAAGAUGAAGACCCAGACAACCAAUUCAGCUGUAACCAAGGGACCCCGCCUGGAGUCUCCCCCUGUGCUGGCCAGAAGGGUCGUUCCAGCAGACAACUCCUGUCUGUUCACCAGUGUCUCCUAUGUAGUGGAGGGCGGGGUAUACGACCCAGUGUGUGCCCCCGAGAUGCGAGGCCUCAUCGCCCAGAUCGUGUCGAGUGACCCAACGGCUUACUCUGAGGCGGUUUUGGGAAAGACCAACGAGGAGUACUGCACCUGGAUCCGACGUGACGACACCUGGGGCGGAGCUAUAGAGGUGUCCAUCCUGUCCAAAUUCUACCAGUGUGAGAUCUGUGUAGUGGACACGCAGACAGUGCGUGUGGAUAGAUUUGGUGAGGACGCUGGCUACCACAAACGUGUGCUGCUCAUCUACGACGGCAUCCACUACGACCCACUGCAGAAAGAAACGCCUAGUUCCGACACUCCGCCCCAGACCAUCUUCUCCACCACAGAUGACAUCAUCCUGGCCCAGGCCCUGGAGCUAGCGGAUGAGGCGCGAAGGAAGCGGCAGUUUACGGACAUCAACCGCUUUGCCUUGCGCUGCAUGGUGUGUCAGACAGGCCUAGUAGGACAGAAGGAGGCCCGGGAACAUGCCAAGGAGACGGGCCACACCAACUUUGGAGAGGUGUAAGUCAGAGCACUCUUCCUCCUCUCACCCCCCACCUUACCUCACAACCACCACUCCCAUGCCGUCACAUCUGUGUCUGUACGAUCCUCUACCUCACUUGGUCCAGCAAGAUUCUGCAGACCCUGGGGUUCGGUCUUACCCGUUCAGUAUUACUACUACAGCUGUCAGCUCACGGGCUAAUCUACUGUAAGGUUCUGAUCUCAUACAAAAUAUCCUCUACAAUUGUUUUAGGGACAUUUUUAAGCUCAGUUUUGAGUCUUCACACUAAACUCAAAACACAGUGGGUGAUUGUUUGUUGAAGUCUUGUUGCUCAGUAAUGUAACAUUUGUUCAGUUUGUUGACACUAAUGGAGCAGAACACUUUCUUAAUACCAAAGUUGGAGAUGCCUGGAAAUGCCUUGCUUUUUCAGUUCUGACUUGUGGCACAAUCAGCAUGGCAUGGCUAGAUAGUACUACAACAGAAAUCUUUUUCCAGGGCCAUUGUGACAAGAUACAUGUUUGAUUUCACACAUCAAUGACAAUAUUAAUUAAAAUGUUUUUGUUUGUGCCUCACUAGUACUUGGAAAAACAGUGACAACUGUUGCAAAAUAUCAAAUAUAAACCCAGUCAGUCACUUGGUAGAGAAGCUGUUAUUUUAUUAUUUUGCAUUGGCAAUGUAUUUCAUAUUUGUAAUAGCAGAGUUUAGCUAGAUUCCUUAAAGGUCAAUACAACCCUAAAUUAUUCAACAAUGGUGCUGUGACAACUGUAUAAGUUAUUGUGUAAGCUAUUACUGAAUUUAUUUAGUUAUUUUCUGCAUUGUGGGUUGUCAGGUGUUUGGAUUGAAAUAUAGCUCUUGGUGUGGAACAUUAACAUUUCAUGCAAUUAUUAUCAUGCCAUGACACUCUAGCAUCAAAAGGCCAU